ACCACCCCCUAUUCCACCACCUCUCCAUUUCAUCUCCCCUUAACUUCCUUACUCCUUCCCCUCUCUCUCUCCCUCUCUUUCUCUUAACUUGCCAUCACAUUAAUGUCCACGCCUCUGUAGUUUGAGGAGGAUCAACAGCACAGGUUCAAUCAUGGAAGGCAGAUGCAAUAACCCUUUUGUCAGCGAACACGAAGGUUUAUCCGUUAAUACUUCUGAAAGGGGAGGAGAGUCUCCGGUCUCCGGCAUCUUCAACGACGGGAAAAUUAGUCCCACUAAUACUACUCCGUUAGCUUCUCCCAGAAAAAGUCGGAGAGCUGUACAGAAGAGAGUGGUAUCUGUGCCGAUUGCAGACUUGGAUGGGUCACGGCUUAAAGGCGAGGGAGCUCCGCCGUAUGAUUCGUGGGCCUGGAGGAAGUACGGGCAGAAACCCAUCAAGGGCUCUCCUUAUCCCAGGGGUUACUAUCGAUGCAGUAGUUCCAAGGGGUGUCCCGCGAGAAAGCAAGUAGAGAGGAGCCGUGUGGACCCCACAAUGCUUGUCGUCACGUACGCGUGCGAGCACAACCACCCUUGGCCUGCCUCCAAAAACCAACAACAACCACCACCGCCACAGCAGCAAACCACUCCUCCCGCCGCCGCCGCCGCCGCCGUAACCGCCGCCGUCACCGCUGCCACCGCCACUUCAACGACCUCAUCUACGACUACCACCACUUCUGCCACCGCAGAAACAAUCUCCGUCAAGUACGAAGAACCGUUGCUAUUCGCGAACAAAACAGAGAUCGAACCGGAAGAGAAAUUCACCGACCUGGGGGAAGAUUCCAUGAUCACAACCGACGAUUUCAGCUGGUUCUCUGAUAUGGCUUCUUCAUCUUCCACCACUAUACUAGAGAGCCCUUUUUGUGCGGAAAGCACCAGUAGAGGAGGAGAUACUGACGUAGCGAUGCUAUUUCCGAUGAGAGAAGAGGAUGAAUUGCUAUACGCUGAUCUUGGGGAAUUGCCGGAAUAUUCAUUGGUUUUCCGGCAAAGUGGGUUGUUCGAGCAAGAUGAACGCCGGCGAUGUAGUCUGACGGCGGCUCCUCUGUGUGGGAGCUCAGGAUGAUGAUGAGGGGGUUCACGUCAGAGUUUAACACGGUAGAAGAAGAGAAGCUAUCAAGCGAAUAUUGUAAUCAACGAAUUGAAUUAUUGCAUAUCGUGAGCCAUACGAUACAAACAGAUUUUCAAACACAAAA